AUGUCGCGGCAACUCAACAUGGAUACGCUGCGGCAGAACUUCUGGAAGGAGGAAUAUCUGCGGGAGAAGAUGUUGCGCUGUGAAUGGCACCGCAAGUAUGGGUCGAUGGUGAAGGCCAAGCAGAAGGCUAAGGCUGCAGCGCGCCUACCCCUCAAACUGCCCACCCUGCACCCCAAAGCCCCACUCCCGCCUCCACCUGCCCCCAAGGCAGUGCCUACCGAGGCCCCCAGCCCUGCCCCGGAGACUCCUAUUCAGUCAGAAAUGCUCCCGGUCCCGCCUGCCACCCGGGCCCUGCUGUAUGAAGGCAUCUCCCACGACUUCCAGGGCCGCUACUGCUACCUCAACGCCCGAAAACUGGACCUGCCAGAGAUGCGCUACCUCUUCCCCAUCACCACCAGCUUCACAUAUGGCUGGCAGCUGGGCCCCCCAGUGAAGCAAGAACUGGUCUCCUGUAAGAUGUGCCGCACUGAAUCGUUCUUCCGAAAGAAUGGGGCCUUCUCGCUGCUUGACCCUCAGGACCUGGCGCUCUGACGUUGGCGGGGCAGUGGACUUAGGGGAGGAAAGAAGAAAUAACACGCCUCCUGGUGGGGCUGAAGCUGCGGCGUGUGUCUGUGUGUCUGGCCUCCGAGGCCCUGAGGCAAAGUUCUGGGCCUUUCUUGGAACGACCUCUGUUCUGCCCUUGCGGGCCUGCGGGUCGCCGGCUUGCGUUUUCCUUUGAGCAUUCAGCAGUGACGCGAGGGGGCCGGGAAGGGUGAGCGCUCCUCUCCAGCCCCAGGCUCCUCGGCG